GCGGGCGGAGCGCGGCGGGCGGCGGGCGCGGGGCUCCGGGCGGCGGGCGGCUGGUGGGCGCAGGCUCCCCGGGGCCCGCCCCUCCGCCGGAGCGGGGGGCACGGCCGGGCGGCCGGGGAGGGGCCGGCCCCGCCGCGGCACGAUGAGCCUGCUGUCGGCCAUCGACACGAGCGCCGCGUCGGUGUACCAGCCGGCCCAGCUGCUCAACUGGGUCUACCUGUCGCUGCAGGACACGCACCAGCCCAGCGCCUUCGACGCCUUUCGGCCCGACGGCGCCGCGCCCCCGGAGCUGGCCUUUGGCAAGGGCCGCCCGGAGCAGCUGGGCUCGCCGCUGCAUUCCAGCUAUCUCAACAGCUUCUUCCAGCUGCAGCGCGGAGAGGCGCUGGGCAGCAGUGUGUACAAGAGCACCUCGCCCUACGGCUCCCUGCACAACAUCGCUGACGGCCUCAGCUCCCUCACCGAGCACUUUUCGGACCUGACGCUCACCGCCGAGAGCCGCAAGCCCAGCAAGAGGCCCCCGCCCAACUACCUGUGUCACCUGUGCUUCAGCAAGGGCCACUACAUCAAGGACUGCCCGCAGGCCCGGCCCAAGGGCGAGGGGCUGACACCCUACCAGGGCAAGAAGCGCUGCUUUGGCGAGUACAAGUGCCCCAAGUGCAAGAGGAAGUGGAUGAGCGGCAACUCCUGGGCCAACAUGGGGCAGGAGUGCAUCAAGUGCCACAUCAACGUGUACCCCCACAAGCAGAGACCCCUGGAGAAGCCCGACGGCCUGGAUGUCUCAGACCAGAGCAAGGAGCACCCGCAGCACCUCUGUGAGAAGUGCAAAGUCCUGGGCUACUACUGCCGCCGCGUCCAGUGACCGCCGCCGCCCUGCACAGGGCCAGGCGCACUGCCCGUGCCACCGGGGACGCUUCGUUUCCGGGUCAUGUGGGCUGACAAGCAGUGUUAUGGACACAGAUGCCCCCAUAAGCCAGGCCUCUGCCACACUCCCCCUGGUGGGCCUGGGCUGGGCUCGGGGUGGGGUGAGCAAGCUCCAGUGCUCAGGGCUCCAGAGAACCGUGGUCGGGGGCUGCAGGCCCCUGCAGUGUCCCCUCCUCGGGGCCUUCUUGGGGUCAGCAGCGUUGUAUUGGCUACAAAUGCACUAAAUUUACUGUGAAUCCCAAAGCCUGUCCCCUGAGACCAGCCAGGCACCUCCAGAACCUUCCCGUCAGCAGCACCUCUCCAGGGCCGCCCUGUUCCCUACCCCCUGGGCUCUCCAGCCACUGCCAGCCCGGCACCUGCUGCCCACCUCCAUGAGCCCCAAGCUCUGCCAAGCUGCCCCGACCCCGUUCGGGUCAGGGAUGGGGAGGCGUGAACGAGGACCUGGCUGGGCCCUGCGCUGCUCCCCGGGAUGGCCCCAUGGCAAGGGGCGGCUGCUCUGCAGAACCCCGCGGGCUACAGGCGCCAAGCCCACCCCACACGGCUCUGCUGCUCCAGGCAGGACUCAGCCUGGUGGGGGCCCCAUCCCCCUCUCGCAGGGAGCCCGCCCGGCUCCCCCGUUGUGCAGUGGGGCCUGUGAUUUCCUACCUCCCAAGGGGCCUCUGGACUGCAUAAAGCAGGUCUGGGAGGGGGUGUCCUGCCCCCAGGAGAGACCUGAGUCAUUGCCCUGGAGGGGCCGGGGCCCUGCCUGCCAGGGUCCGCCACACAUCCCGCACCCCCAGUGUGCCUGUGGAGAAGACUCGGCCUUCACCGCAGCUGCCGGAGCCCCACACACGCUCCCGACGGCCACCGCAGGCUCCUGGCUAGACAGCAAGUGGGUUUGAGGCACAGCUUGGGGGUCCCGGCCCUGAGAGUGUUUGUUCCAGCCUGAGCCCUGCCAGCUCGUCCUGCCCAUGGGGACUGAGUAGCAGCAUGUAGCAGCAGGUGGUGCUGGCAUCCUGGCAAGUUGGAGCCACUGGGCAAGUCAGCCUCACUGCUCCCAGGCAGGGCCGUGGGCAGGCUCGGGGCGUGUGCAGGCUCAGGGCGUGUUCAGGCUCCAAGGGGCCGUGUGCAGGCCCAGGGGCCAUGGGCAGGCGCCAAGGGGCCGUGGGCAGGCUCAGGGGCCAUGGGCAGGCUUGGGGGACGUGUGCAGGCUCAGGGCUGUGUGCAGGCUCGGGGCAUGUACAGGCUCCAAGGGGCCGUGUGCAGGCUCAGGGGCCGUGUGCAGGCUCAGGGGCCGUGUGCAGGCUCUGGGGUGUGUGCCAUGGGCCCCGCCCUUACAGGGACCUGGCCCCACAGGGAAGGCAUAGGGUACCCCAAGAUACCUGUGUCGUGGAAACAGAAGAACCCUGAACCCUGCAAAGAGCUGGAGCUCAGGACCCAGCGAGCUCUAGACUGAUGGUGUCGGUGGGUCUGUCCGGCUGCAGGCACCAACCACGCAGGGGUCUCUUGCCCUGUUCAGUGGCACAGGGGUGCUGUGUGGUGAGCAAGGCCAGGCCGUCCAGGCCACGUGCUGGGGGAAGUAAGUGCCAGAGGGUCGUGUGAGUUGUUCAAAGGGACGGUGGUUGGCAGAUGGUAGGUCCUAGCCAGCUGGGGGAGCUAAGAGUGUUUACCCCAUAUGAAGUAUUCAAUAGUUCUACUUGUGAGUUUGUAUUUAUUUUGAGUUAUACUUGACACAGAAUUCCUUUUUUUAAAAAAAAAACUUACUAUGUGUGUAUUUUGAAAAUUAGUAGAUGUUAAAAUUUCUGCAUGGCUGCCAAUUUUCUCACAACACUGAAUUUGUUACCUUCUCCCCAAAAAUCUUCACCAUGAUUUUUGUCUGUAUAUAUCUGAGGGCCUUAAAGAAAGGAAAGGGAAAGCACAUAAUUGCUUGGUCUUUGGGGAGAAACAAACAAAAUGAAGCGUUUUAAGAGCUUCAGAGCUUUCAGGAGGCCGAUCAAAUAUCAACAAGGAUUUCUGAAAGUAUUUUUCCACCUUCUGGUCAAGCUACAAGGAACUAUUUAGGGUGAGAAAGUCUCCCUUAUGCCCGUUGUUGGAGUUUUGUUUGAUCCCCCCCCUUUUCUCCUAUGCUUUGGUCUGUAAAAAGUAUGCAAAGUGAACUGCAGUGAGAAGGAAAUAUUGUUGGCAUUGUGCGGAGUUGGUGCCUGGCCUGGCUGGGGCAGCCGUCUGCAGCCCCUGGAGCCAUAUCACUGUUACUCGUAUUUUUCCCUUUGACAGAAAUAUCAGUAUUAAGUAGCCAGCCUGCCCUGAGUGCUGAGAUGCUCCCUGUGCUCCUUGUGUAGACGUCUGUGUGCCGGGGCAGCGGCACCGUUCUGGGGGAAGCUGUUCUAGGGGCAGUGGGAAGGAACCUCUGCUGAGAGGCUAACCUAGUAUCUAAUCCAUUUCUCUCGCACCUUAUUAUUACCUUGUUAUUGCUAUUAACUUGGGGGUUGCUGGGACCGGCCCUGGCCUGCAGCCUCUGCAGGGCAGCGGGCUCGGCUCCCAGCUGCUGGGACGACAGGAUGACAGGAGCGUGAGGCCACCGCCAACCCAGGCUCUUCGCCCUUGGAUUUGUCACCCAGAGUCCUUCCAUCUGUCCCCACGUCAUAUAAUCGACUUGAAUCUACCCUGAAGUAACCCGUCAUCACUGCAUCGUAGCCGGUGGCCACUAACCCUGACAUCAGCCUCGAGGGGCAGCCUCCCUCCGCACCCGUCCGUGUGUCUGUCUGUGAAUGUGUGUGUGUCCAGCUAAAAAGACAAACAGAGCCCGAGGGCCCAGCCCGCGGCCAGCGGAGAAGGCUCCAGCCUCACGGCCCCGGAGCCGGCCCUCGGGAUGGCAUUCCGCUGUGUGCCUUAUUCCUGGAGAUCUGUACAGCUCGCGUCAGACAAGCAGCCCUUCGUGCUGUAUUAAAAGGACUUUGGAAAGCAA